AUGGUCGCACCCAACGCAAUCACAGCUGCUGUAAUAUCUACGGGCCUCAUCAGUCUCGCCCCCAAUGUACUUUUAGUCUUAUUUCCUCGAUACGCUUCUGGAGAAGGAGUACACAGUUCUAGCUUGGCCUUGGGUCAAGCGCUGGCAGCUGGAGCCUUGUUGGGAGAUGUCUUUUUGCAUACUAUACCACAUGCAGCAGGAGUGGAGAACGUUGGACUCUGGAUUCUCUUUGGCUUUUUCAUCUUUUUGGUUGUGGAUAUGGUGAUUCGUUCGUAUGGGAGUCAUCAGCAUCAGCAUCAGCAUCAUCAUGGAGGAGGCGACAAGGACGGCACCAAGAAGAACUACGACACUAAAUCCGAUCAUAUGCACGAUCAUAAGAAUACCACAUCAACCAUUUUGCUCAACUUGGCGGCCGAUGCCUUGCACAACUUUACGGACGGUCUUGCAAUUGGUGCUUCUUUUGCAAGCGUCGCGGACGAUCAUUCCUCCGUUGCCACAUUACUGCAAUCACGGGGUGGGCUGGCUACCCUGUCGAUUCUAUUUCAUGAAAUUCCGCAUGAAUUGGGGGACUUUGCAAUUCUAGUGAAGAACGGUCUUAGCCGAAACAAAGCCAUCUUGUGUCAAUUCGGAACUGCCGUUGCCGCCAUGAUUGGAACUUUUGUUGGGUUAUUCCUACAGAGUUUUGCCGGUGACUCGUUAAUGUUUGUUACCGCUGGAGGCUUUGUAUACCUAGCCGCGGUUUCCAUUCUCCCAGAAAUUUUGGAAGACUCGAGUUCCACGUUGAAGUUUCGGUUGCUUCAACUUUUGUGCUUUGCUGGGGGAAUUGCAUUCCUGUAUUCAACAACAAUAUUAGAAGAAAUGAGUGGUCAUCAUAGCCACGGUCACCAUGAUCAUCAUGAUGGGCAUUCUAAUGAUCAUGGUCAUAACGAUCAUCACGAUCAUCACAGCGACAAUCACCAUGAUCAUCAUGACCACGGUCACCAGCACGGGGAACUCUAA